UAAUGAACCAAUUUAAAUUCUGAUUAUUGGAAAAUGUGUAAAAUUUUCCCCUAUUAGUAAUUUAAAAUAUAUUUAACAAUAAUGAAAAUAAUGAAGAAGAAGGGCUUCGAAAAGUGGUGCAAAUUGAAUUGAAUGAAAUACCGAAAAAUGAAAAUAAAAAUGUCAUGUAAAUUUUAUUAUAGUAAUAAUUAGGAGAUGAUGACUGAGGGGGAAAAAGUGAAUGUUAAAAUUUACAAGAUAGUUCUUCAAUCAUUGUAUUGCUUGAUGAGAAUCUAAUAGAAAUAAAGAGGCUAAUCUGUAAAUGCUUAUAUGAGAUGGAAGGAAGAUUUAAUUGGAUUAAUAUGGACGAUUGAAGAUAUAAUAAAAAUGAUAUUUUUGCUUUUUUAGUGAGAUGGUCCUUAGCAAUAAACUUUAAUAGUUUCUUGGUUUAAAAAGAUUUAAUUAAUUAUUCAUUUAAAUAAUAUAAUUAACUUUGUAAUGGUGACUAUUAAAACAGGCAACUAUUGAAUAGUAAGAAAAACUUUAAUGGGAGUAAAAUACAGGUA